UUUAGGCACCUUUUGCUACCUUGCAGCACCUUGCGGCGGUCUGGCAGCGCCACACGAAAAUGGCGAACACGAGCACUCCGAUGAACGACGAGCUGAAAAAAUAAUUAUUAUUUUAAAUUCCGUUUUGCCAGCGAAAUUCGGUGCGUGCGCGAAAAAGAGUGCGGAAAAGCGCGGUUGGCAAAUUUAAUCGACGCAUUAUGAAGCGGUCAAAGUGCGGCGCCAAUGCAAAUGGUUAGCCAAAUGGCAAAAAUAUGUAGCGACAGCGUGCCAGCCCAGUAAAAUCAAAUAGAAUCAAAUUGAAGUUUCUUGCUUUGCGAAUUAUGAAAAACCAAUCGCAAUGCGUGUGUGUGUGUACGUGUGGUGCGUCCGCGCGUGUGUUAGUGAGCGAGCGUAGAAGCAGAAGGCGUAGCGCGAAAUAAAAAUAAAAACCGAACAAUAAUUGAUUUAAAAAAAAGAAAGAAAUAAACGGAAAAAGGCGAACAAACGAAAAACAGCAGAAGCAACAAAAAACACACGAGAAGCAGCUGCAAAAACAACACAAAACUGGCGGUCAAUACGCAUGCAGUACGAUAAAAACACAAAAAAAAGAAACUAGAAGCAACAACAAAAACGCAACGUAACGGGAACUCUUUGACGUAUUUCCUCUAUUAUUAUGCAAAAAGGCAGGCGGCAAAUUGCAGCAGCAGCGAAAAUCAAAUAUAAAUAGCGAAAAGCAGGAUACUACUGGAUACACACAUUUGGCCAGCGUGUUGAGCACGCCAGAAGCAUAAACAGAAGUCGGCAACAGGAAUUUAGCCAGCAGGCUUCAAUCGAAUACGACCAGCAGAACCAUCAGAAGCAACAGAAACAUCAGAAGCAUCAAAAUGGCAGCGGUUCGAGGACAUCAGUACUUCAGCCUGCGCUGGAACAACUACCAGAACACGAUGACGUCAGUGUUCCAGCAGCUGCGCGAGGAUCUCUCCUUCGUGGACGUCACCCUGUCCUGCGAGCACGGAUCCCUCAAGGCGCACAAGGUCGUCCUGUCCGCCUGUUCGACGUAUUUCCAAAAACUACUGCUCGAGAACCCGUGCAAACAUCCCACAAUCAUCCUGCCCGCCGACAUUAUCUUCACCGACCUGAAAACCAUCAUCGAUUUUGUUUAUCGUGGCGAGAUCGACGUCACCGAAUCGGAAUUGCAGCAAAUAACAACAAAUAAAACGAAACUCCACGUGCUGAUAAACAUUAUUGAAAAGGAGACAUAACCAAAUAUAAUCUGCCUACUUAUCGCAACGAUUGCGUCCCACAAUAAAAAUAUAAUACACUUUGUUGUCAUUCAUUAAUUGCACGUUAUUUCUAUAAUUUUCUCUAAUUUGAUUUUGGGUAAAAUGUUACCGUUUUUUGUAUGAAUUUAAUUCCGUCACGUCGUCUACUACAAUUUGUCAACUUUAAAGCGAAAAAACAAAACGAAAUCAACUAGGCUUGGUUCCCUGGAAUAAUUGACCAGCAGUCCUUCGAUCAAG